UUAAUACGACAGUCUGCAGGUGAAAUGUAGCUAGUUCACAUUGUGCAGGGACGCUUCUUCGUCCGCACGUUUUGGAAGUAGCAGGUUUAGAGCUUUUAAUAACGUCAAAACGGCUUAAAACUGAUACCCGUGACGUUUCCCUCUUUGGAGAGGUCUUAUUAUUUUAUUCAGCUUCUCGAAUGUGUGUUAUUCCACGCGAUAAGGGCAAAGUUCAAGUCCGCCAAUGAAGUUAUUGCAAUUACUGAUAGUGGACAUGCGGUUGAAAGUUGAUGUGAACCGGCGAAUCACUUUGUUUGUGUCCGCUAAUAAAACGCGAUGUACGUUUCGCCGCUUUUCAACAAACAGACUGUAAACAGACUUCCGCUAUAUUCUCCUAAACAUCAUACAGGAACAGACAUUUUGUUUUGCAGUCUUGGCUUGGCACACUAUGUCAGUAAAAUACGCUUUCUUUCUGAUUGUGGUGAGCUCACUUGUAUCAUCGGUGAUUCAAGCGGCGGGAACCGAGAGUGCUGGAUUAGAAUUUUACGGCCAGCUUGAUUCUUACGCUGAAUAUGAACCAUGGAACUGGCGUCUGAAUGCAACACUACAGUUCUUCUUCCAGACUAAAUCGAAAAAACCUGCCAUGAUCUUUUACCAAGACGACAAUAGAGAAAGCCAGUUUAUGGAUUUGUUUCUCAUGAAUGGAAAAGCUCGAUUCCGUGCAAAGGUACAAGGAAUGAACGAGAUUGAAAAACGAGUCAUUCGACACGACUUUGCUGACUCAAAGUGGCAUAAGGUUAAUAUCGAGUUGUCUGAGGAAGAAAUAAAGUUGUCCAUAGACACUGAAGACACAAUAUACAAUGCAAGGCCGAUAGUACUUACUCGAUAUGCUGAAUCUCUCGACAAUGCCGCCCUGUAUGUCGGUGGAAUUCCUCUAAUUAACCAGGGAUGGUCUUAUCCAGCGAUUUUCUUCAAUGUUUACGAGAAAGACCCCGCUGUCUUUAAAGGCUGUAUUGGCGACAUAAGAUUCAAUCGAGCUCCGAACGGUCGUUUAGAAAGAGCAAGACUUCGGCGUUCAAAGAAAGCCACGAAUACCUGUAAAGGAGACUGUGAAAAGCGGCCUGAGAGAUGCGCCAAUGACGGCCGGUGUAUCGACAUGAUAAGGGAUUCCGAGUGCGACUGUAGGGAGACUGAGUACGAAGGAAGAAGCUGUGCAAAACGUUCCACAGUUGUCUUUAUGGAUGGUAAUGGUGCAUAUAUGUCAUACAACCUGGACAGUGACAAUCCUCUGAGGUCAACAGAAAGAAAUGCACUGGAGUUCCGGUUUUUAACAGAAGCUAAAGAUGGCGUUUUCUUUUACAUGGGGCGAGAUAAAGACCACUUACUUGUGGAACUUGUUAAUGGAAGUCUACGAGUGCAAGCAGAUUUUGGCGAUGGUCCUGUUGUCGUGCACAGUAAGGAAAAUAUUCUGUCGGACAGCUGCUGGCAUCACGUGGAAAUCCGCCGAAGGAAACGACGUUUGACCGCCAUGAUCGACUUAGGGAAAUCUGGGACUUACAAUGCAAAUUUUUCUAUGUUUACAACACUCAACCUCAACAACCAGUCGAAUUUGAUUUACUUUGGAGGAGGUCCUUCAAUGGAUCUACGCUUCGCAAAAGCCAAAAGGUUGUCAUUUAAAGGCUUUCUCCAAAAGCUUCGAUUUGAAGGAUUCAAUGUCUUAGAGAACGCGUUACAAAACAAAGACGGUUUUUCUCACACUGGAGUGAUGGACAUUACCCCCUACAAUGUGCUUUUUGGUCAGGCUAAGGAAAAAUGCGAGGCCGGGGGGUCAGGAUGCUCACCCAGUGAGGAUGACUCAGACAAUUGUAAUCCAUCAACACUCCCUCCUACCACCAAUACACAGACAACCACGGCAUCUCCAACAACCACCCCAUCACGUGCUCCGCCAAAAAUACCUGAGACCCAGCUACCUCCGGAAACCGCGAAACAACAGAAACCGACACCGAGGCCUAAAGGUGUGUCAGCUUGGGUCAUUAUUGUAAUAGUUCUAGCCGCCAUGGCAGUCGUGUUCAUCUCUGUGUUUUUACUGUACCGCUGGAAUCAUCGCUAUACGGGCUCAUUUAAACCCAGUAAAAACGGCGAGGGUCAGAUGCGAGAACCUGGAGUGGAGCCCGCUGAACAACAAAAUGCCCGGAUGUAUAAUCAACCGGCGUUUUACAUGUACAAACCUCCUAAGAAACCACCAACUGCCGAAAGCCCAGUGUCUAUUUAGAACAGCGGUCUAGCUCCUGAAGCGGCGGUUGAUGCGGCAAAGGGCUUCAUUCGUAAAGUUCUUGGGUACUAUUUAAGACAGCGAGGCCAGCUUAGCUUCUGGAAGAGAAUCUGUCAAUUUUAAGUGAAGAGCAUCGACAAGACAUUGACAAAAAGUACUGUUUUUAUCAUCGAGGAGACCAUCGUAUGUUAAACAAAUGUGUUACUCCAAUAUAGUGGGAACAGGAUUGAGUUACGAAGCAAAAAAAAAAAAAAAAACCCUUCACAUCUAUACUAAAUUAAAAAAAAUGCAGCUUUGCGGUGAAAGCAUUUACAGAUGUUUCAGAGAAUUGUUUAUUUAUUUCUACAUGCAGAGAAAGCGUACGGACGUAUCCUGCAUUUUUAUGAUGUUCAGAGGUGAAAGUAUUGAGGAAUGCUAUAGUAAGCCGUAUAAUCAAUGGCUUUAUGGCUUGUAUGUCACCCGCAGAACUAAGCAUCAUAUCAGUAUUAGGUAUGAAAAAACCCCAGGACUCGAUAAUACUAAAGACAGCUAAGCUUACCUUCAAGGCAAAGGUUAAAUCUGAAUUUUGCUAUUUGUGAAAAUUGCAGUGGAAUAUUUUAUAGUGUACAAAAAACUCGACCAUGUCUUCCACUUAUACCGUAAGAUGGGAGAAAUGAUCAGCGUGCUUAAGACCAAACAAAGUUAUGGCAAAGGUGCAAAGAUUGCGGUUUCUAUAUGAAGUAGAACUUCUUUUUUCCUUCACAGGAACAUAACUUUAUAUACAUUGCAUAUGAAAUGUUACUUUUACUUUCGACCUAAUGUUCAUUGUCUUAAAACUUCGACUGUAUAUUCAAAGCCAAACGAUUUCUAUUUUCUGCAAAGUUAGUGGCAAUUUUCUGGAUGUGAAUUGAACGUCAAAUUAGUUUUAAGAAUAAGAACUCCUAAAAUUAAGCCCUAAACGGAGGUAUUUUCUUGCGUGUUGAGCUUCAUAUGUUAAACCUUCACCCCAACUCCCUCUCCCUGCAAAUACUAUUGGUAAAAUCUUGAAAUUCGGACUUGUCGGAGCUUUAUUGAAGUGUCUUAAGCUGAGAAAACAUCAUUUCAUAUGCUUUUUGAGGUAACUUACAAUGCUUUUUGACAUGGACAGCAAAGACAUCAGCCGGUCUGACUAAAUAAAAUAUCUACCGGCGAGGUUGAUCUCGGACAUCCGAGACUUCAACAGUGUAUUUUCGUAAACAGUAGUUGUUUCAGUGAAUGAAGACAUGUGAUGUGGAAGAAAGAGCGAUCCGCGUUUAAAACUCCUAGAUAAAUAUUCAAUUUCUGGUGAUAACAAUAGUGGCAUCUUUCCAUUUCUAGGAAAUCUUGAUAAAGAGGACUUUGCCUGGGAUGAAUGGUAUAAGUAAACACAAACAUUUCUGAAAAAAAAAACUGUUGUUUUCAUUUCUUUACUCUGCAUUGAUAGCAGUUAAAACGAACGUUUGCCUCCUUAAUACCUAGUUCCUGUUAUAUGCCCUUUCCAAGGUCAAAACUCUACAAGCGUCUCGUAUAAUAGAAUAAGAGUUCCAUAAAAUCCCGCGAAUAGGAACUCACUUAACUCAACCCUCCUCCAAAUAUAAAUGCAAACAUCCUUGCAAUAAAUAAUUCGAAUAGACGUCUUUGGGCUUAUAUUUAUGUCUAUAUCCACAGCUCUUGAUUUACCAGUAGAAAGUUCGUACACCAGGGACCCGUUUCUCGAAAGUCCCGAAAUGUUCUCG